CCGGAAGUCAUUUCUUACGCUUCGUUUACUACGGGGGGGGGGGGAUCCUUGUGAUGGUCUGGUCUGGACCACUUUGUGUUCAGCUGACUCCAGUUCUCUUUGAGAAGACACCCAGACACGUCAGAAAUGGAGCCAGUGACCUCUGAGGAUGUUGCUGUGAACUUCACUGCAGAAGAGUGGGCAUUGUUGGAUUCUACUCAAAAGAAGCUCUACAGUGCUGUGAUGGAAGAAACAUUUUUAAACCUGAUCUUCAUAGAGAAAGCACUAGAAGAAAAUAUUGAAGAGGACUACAAAGAUCUCAGCAGAAAUACAAGAACUCUGGUGAUUGAGAAAGACUGUGGAUGUAAUAGUGAGUGUGAUAAGAACCAGAAACCCAUUACAGAGACUAUCAUCAAUAAAGACGUGCACCCAGGAGUAAGAGUUCAUCAAAGUCCAUUGCAUGUAAAAAACAUCAUUUGUCAUUCAUCCUCACAUGGGUAUCUCAGAGAACAACUUAGAGGGAUACGAUCUGUAUGUAAGGAAGCUAUGGCAAAAGAUUUUAUACAUCAGAAACGUUGGAAACUCAUCAGUCAUUCUGAAUCACUUCUGGAACUGGAAACUUCUCCUAAGGAGAAACCCUGCAAAAGUCAACAAUGUAAUGAAACCUGUAGGAGUCUCUGUUUUGAUCAGCCUCAGGAGAGAGCUCACACUGGAGAUAAACUCAAUGAGAAUGACUUAACAAGAUGCACAUAUGGCCAGAAUGAUGAAGGAAUCAAUAAAGAAGGGAGACCAUUUGUAUGUAAACUUUGUGAAGAAUCAGUCAUUCAUUCCAGUAACUUUAUCAGCCAUGAAAAAAGUCAUAUUGGAGAGAAAAGGUACAUUUGUAGUCAGUGUGGCAAAACAUUUACUUAUGCAAAAUGUUUUGAAAACCAUGAGGUAACUCACAGUAGAGGGAAGCCUUGUGCUUAUAAACAUUUUGGAAAAGCCUUCACACAAUACAGUUAUCAUAACAAUAAUGAAAGCAGUCAUAUUGGAAAGAAUCCCUAUGCAUGUAGACAUUGUGGAAAAGCCUUCACCAGUUCCUCUUACCGAAACAUUCAUGAAAGAAUUCACACUGGAGAAAGGCCUUAUGCAUGUAACUAUUGUGGAAAAGCUUUCACCAGUUCUGCUUAUUGUAAUAUUCAUGAAAGAAUUCACAGUGGAGAAAAGCCUUAUGUCUGUAAGCAUUGUGGAAAAGCCUUCAGUGACCUAAGUCGCCGUAGUAGACAUGAACGGAGUCACACUGGAGAGAAUCCUUACGCAUGUAAGUUUUGUGGGAAAGCCUUCAGUGACUCCAGUCGUCGUAACAGGCAUGAAAGGAUUCACACAGGAGAGAAGCCUUAUACAUGUAAGUAUUGUGGGAAAACUUUCACUAAUUUUAGUUCAUGUAAAGGUCAUGAAAGAGUUCACACUGGAGAGAAGCCUUAUGUGUGUAAGCAUUGUGGAAAAGCAUUUACCCGCUCCAAUCAACUGCACGCUCAUGAAAGAGUUCACACCGGAGAGAAGCCUUAUGCAUGUAAACAUUGUGGAAAAACCUUCAAAACUUCUACUUGUCGAAACUUGCAUGAAAAAAUUCACACUGGAGAGAAAGACUUUGUCUGUAAAACAUGUGGGAAACUGUUCAUUCAGUCUAGUGAUCUUAACAAGCACGAAAGAGUUCACUCCAAAGACAAGCCCUAUGCAUGUACGCAUUGUGGAAAAUCCUUCAGUGACUCCAGUAGUCGUUACAGACAUGAAAGGCGCCACACGUGAGAAAAGCCUUGUUGAAAAACCAAUUUCAGUUUGUGUAAGACUUCUGAAAGACUCCACACUGGACAGAAGCCUCAUGAUUUGAACAUUGUGGAAAGAGCCUUCACCCACUAUUGAACAUUCAUGAAAUGAUUUACACUAGAGACAAGCCAACUCAUGGAAACAUUGUGGAAAAACCUUCAACACUUCUGCUUGGUCUAACUUGCAUGAAAGAAAUCACACUGGAGAGAAACCUGUGUUUAAAACAUGUGGGUUCUCAUUUAGUCUAGUGAUUUUUAAAGGCAUGAAAGAGUUAACUCAAAAAACAGGCCUUAUGCAUGUAAGAAUUGUCAAAAAGCCUUCAGCUGCUCUGGUCAUCUUACUAGACAUGAAAUGCUUCACACUAGUUGGUAGCCUAAUGCUGCUGGUUAGCACUGUGGAUAACCUUCACUAUUUCCACUUUGCCCAAGAGUAAUAAAAACAUUCACAUUGGAAAGAAACCCUCUGUUCAUAAACAUUUGGAAAACUAUUUCUUUGUUCUUAUUUUAUCAAAUAUAAACUAUCUCACAUUAGUGAGGAACCUUACCAAUAUUAGCAGUGUGGGAAAGCCUUCUCCACCUCCAGUUCCUGUAACCCUCAUGUAAGAAUUUACACAGGAAAGAGGCCUAAUGCAUGUAUGCAUUCAAAUAUUGUCAGAAGCCUUCAUAAGUUUCUGUUUCCAUGAAGUUCUAAGAAUCUACCUUAGAGACAGAUCUUAUGUGUAUAAUCACAUAAUCCUUUAGCAGCCGCAGUUCUUAUUAUAUUCAAUUUUUUCCCCACUGGGGAAAGCUUUUAUGUUUUUAACAAAUGUGGGGAAAAUGUUCACAGUUUUUAAAAACCCUAUCCUCUUAAACAAUCUGUUCCUGAAUUUCCAUGUUUCAGACCUAUGGUCAAACCCAAAAUGAUCUCACAGUGAAAGCUGCAAUGUGCAGACUUUGUGACAGUGCAUUGGUCAAAUUGCUUCCGUUGUGAGAUAUGGAAGAAGAAUGUGAUUGGAACAUGAGAUGCCUCAGCUAGUAAUGGUUCUUGCCAGAAGAUGUGAUUAUCUCAGUUCCCUCAUUGGAUCUUGCAUGGUGGAAAUAGAGAUCCAGUUCCUGAAAGUUGUCUCCUGAGAAUCAAAUGCAGGCUUCCUAAUGAACACAGAAAGAAAAAUACAAAUGAGUAAAGAAAUAAUGACAUGUUCAUAGCAGUAGAGGCAUAGCUGACAAAUACAGUGUUUUAAUGUGGAAAGAUACAGAUUGUGAGACCUGCAAAAGUGUAAUAUUAAUGCCCAAUAUUUUGCUAUAUGUAGCAUGCAAACUACUUGCAUUAUGAACAGUACCUGUAUUUCGUUGUUGUUUUUGGUUUUUGGUUCUGUUUUUACCUGUGGCUAUGGCAGUAGCUUUGAAAACAGAUAUAGUAGUGGUGUGCUUGGGAAUGGCCCAAUAGGCUAAUAAGUUUGAAACUUUGUUCCCGUUGGUGGAACAGUUUGAGGACAAUUAGACAGUAUGGCCUGGGGUGAAUAUCUGUCACUCUCAGCAAGUUUGAGAUUUCAAGACAUGAUACUCCUAGUCUACUCCCUCUGCCUCCUGAUUGUAUACUAUCAUGUGAGUCCUGACAUCGGGCCUUUACUCCUCCUGAAGAGAUCCUCACACUCUGCAGCAUCAAGCCCAUUGUAACACUUCCUUCUAAAUGUUUUUCUACUAGUUGGAAUUUGUCACAGCUAAGAAAAGGACAUUCAGAUAUCCACCUUGGGGUUUAAAAGGAACCAAAUCCAAGCACAUGCCUUUAAUCCUAGCACUUGAGAGGCAGAGGCAGGUGGAUCUGUGUGAGUUUUAGCUCAGCCUGGUCUGCAAGCGCUAGUUCUAGCACAGGUUCCAAAGCUGCGGAGAAAACUGUCUCAAAAAACCAAAGAAAGUCAAAGAAAAGAAAAGAAAAAAAAUCCAGUAAGAAAUUUUCAUUGCAAAACUGAAAAAUCUGAUUGUCAUUUUAAAUGAAAUAACAGUUGUGAAACUUUGUCAUAUACUUAAAUCUUAAGUCAACAAUAAAUGAAAUACUUUCUGGCAGUUAGUCUAAAGGCUUUAGAAACAAACAGCUUGAAAGAAGUACAUUCACAUAUUGAGCAUUUUUAUUAUUGGCCCAUUUCUAUACAGGAGAUUUACUUUGCAUUAUGUUUUCCUUAAGGCAAGGUAUGGUUUUUGUGUUCAUUUCAGUUUAUCUCGUAUCUAAAGAUUUGGAGCUAGGAUUUAUCUUUAUGAGUCUGACUUAGCACGUGUUUUGUAGUUGAUUCCAUUUACCAAACCAUUUUCUGAUUUAAGAUUUUGUGUGUGUGAGCCUGAAUAGUAUGCCAUUGUAAUUGGGAGAGAGACUAGAGAGGAGAGUAGCUGGGUGUGAUUGACAGGAAGAGGAAAACUUGAAAACCGUGGAGGAGGAGAGUCUAAUUAGGGAUGAGAUGAAUACAGCCAAUAUGGGAGAAGAAUGAGGAUCUAAUGCCAAUGUUGUUUGGUAAUGGUUAAGAGGUAGUUAUUUUGGAGCCAGGGAGUCAUGGCACACGCCUUUAAUCCCAGUACUCGGGAGGCAGAGGCAGGUGGAUCUCUGUGAGUUCGAGGCCAGUCUGGUCUACAAGAGCUUGUUCCAGGACAGGCUCCAAAGCUACAUAGAAACCCUGUAUCGAAAAACUAAAAAUAAAACAAUAAUAAAAAAGUAGUUAUUUUGUAUAUAUGCAAAAGUUUAUGUCUUGUAUAGUGUGAUAUAUAUACACCUUGUAUAGUGUAAUUAUACAAUAUUAUAAAUAAUGUUAUGUUAUACUUAAGUAUAAUGCAGGUGUCAAUACAAGAGUAUGUACAUACUCAUGGAUACACAAACACACACACUAUAUUAAAUGAAAUUAUAUCACUUGGCAUGACAGCCCCUUCCCCCAGGAACCCUAUAUUAAUAAAAACAACAGUACCAGGCAUAAGAAAUCUCUGUUUGCAUUGUUCAUGAUGGUCCAUGUAAUUCCCCAAGCAAUUUAAGUAAUACUCUUUUCUUUGGUCAUCUUUGAGCGGUUGAGGGUAACUUGUAUUUGCCGACACAUUCCAUACUUGGGAUUCAGGACUGGGAAAGGUUGAGCUGGAUCUAACACCAAAAUCACUUUCAUUAGUCUGUCAUAGUCAUAGAUGCAAUUCAGUUUGCCAAGUGAGAGAAGUGGUCAAUAGCCCUCCCCAACUGUGACUUUUGUUGCUGUUUGCAUGAGAAUGGCUCCCAAAGGCCCCCAUAUUUGAAUGGUUUUUUACCAGUUAGUGGAACUGGUGGGAAAGGUUAGAAGAUGUCACCUCGUCGCAGGGCAUUAGUCACUGGGAUGGCUUUAAGGCUUCAGUGCUGACAUUGUUCCAAGGUAGCUCUUUCUCUCUGGCUCCAGCUUUCAGAUCUUUUUAGCUAGUAUCCAUUGCUAUGCUUGCUCACCUGUGCCAUAUUACCUGUGAUGAUAAUGGCACACAUUAUGGGCUCUAUUCUCUAGAACCAUGAGUGUCCAAAAAUUUUUCUUUCCAAACUUAUUUUGGAGCCAGGCGGUGGUGGCGCACACCUUUAAUCCCAGCACUCAGGAGGCAGAGGCAGGCGGAUCUCUGUGAGUUUGAGGCCAGCCUGGUCUACAAGAGCUAGUUCCAGGACAGCCACCAAAAAACUACAGAGAAACCCUGUAUCAAAAAAAUAAAAAAAAAAAAAAACAACCUAAGUUAUUUUGGUCAUGAAAUAGGAAAUAACAAUCGGAAAAUAACAACCCAAUGAACCCAAACAGUGAUCAGUCUGGCAAGAUAUCAACACAGGCACAAUAGUGUCGUCCCUGUCUUGUUGGUGACCAGCUACUGUAUAAUUUAUAUUUAGGCCUGUCCAACAGGAAGGAAAUUGUGCCAAUACUAGAAAUAUAACCAAUGAAUAAGGGUAGUGAUAUUAUGGAUUUUAAAGGACCUACUUCUGCCAGCAUUAUUCCUGAGUCUUAAAACUUAUUUUUAUACUCACAGAAUUAUAGCCCAUACCAUUUCUUUUUUUUUUUUAAAGAUUUUUAUUUAUUAUGUAUACAACUUUCUGUCUCAUACCCACACGCCAGAGGAGGGCGCCAGAUCUCUCUUCAGAUGGUUUGGAGCCACCAUGUAGUUGCUGGGAAUUGAACUCAGGACCUCUGGAAGAGCAGCCAGUGCUCUUAACCUCUGAGCCAUCACUCCAGCCCCCCAUACCAUUUCUUAAAUAAUCUCUCUAGAGCAAGCAGACAGUUCCAGCCUUGUUUCAUUCUUUCCUCUUGCAUUUUGAGGAAAGGGGAUGCAGAUUUGGAUACUUCCUAUUUUUACAGUAAUAUAAUCAAUGAAUAAAAGUUGUGUCUGUUCCUCCUCAUUCUUAGUUCCUUCCUGUUGCCUAGAGACUGCUUGUUCAUUUCCUAGACGCUCAGACUCCCAAAUUGAUCACAGAGAAAUCGGUAUUAAUUGCAGUAUUGUUUGGCCAAUAGCUUAAGCAUAUUCCCAGCUAGCUCCUAGGUCCCAAACUAACCCAUCUCCAUUAAUCUGUGCAUCACCACAAGGUCGUGGCCUACUGGACUCCAAGGUAAGCAUCAGUCCCCAAAGGCUACAUGGCUUCUUACUGACUUUGCCUUCUUUCUCCCAGCAUUCAGUUUAGAGUUCCUGCCUAGCUCUAUUCUGCUAAGUCACUGGCCAAAACAAAUUUAUUCACUAACUAAUAAAAGCAACGCAUAGACAAAAGGACUUCCCACACCUCUUACCAGUUUCUUCUCACCUCAUAUUUUCACCUAGUUUGUUGACAUGAUCUUAAAAGUUUUUUUAUUAAGCUAUAUAAAUUUUUGAUCUUGUUUAUUGAAAGGAUGUGUUAAUUGAAUGUAAUACCAAGUCUCAACACAAAGAAUGCAUGCACAUUAAUCCCUCUGUUGUGCUAUUGAUGACCGACAGACAAUUCCAUUCCCUGGUGUACACUGAACAAAAUGUUGUCAUGCAACUAAGGAAGAUUGUAAGCAUGAUAGAAAUAAGGUCAGAAGAUGUCCUUUAGGGGUUGCAGUGACUACGGACUAUCUCUCUUCUUACUGAUGUUAAAAUCAUCAAUAGUAACCACUUAUUGAUAUUAGUGUUUAAAAGAAUUAUCCAUGACAUCUAAAUAGUAAUCCUUAUGAUUAUACUAGACUUGUAGAUUAGUUUUCAGUCAUUUAAUAAUAGUAUCCCCAUACAAUAGAGCUAAAGAAGGGAACACUAGACCUCCGGAGUGGGUUCUUUUGCCUCACAGCCAUUUCACCUUACAUAGCCAACUUAGUUUACCCUGUUUCCAAAUAUUGUGGCCACAUGUUUACAUUUUCCCCAGUCAUUCCAGAUUCAAUAAAGUAUUAAUGACCUAUCUGCUAGAACAAAUUGCAUUUUGUCGUAGAAAAAGUCAAGUUUAAACCCUGGCGGUAAAGGUUCCUUGUGGAUCUGGACUUUGUGACUGGGAACCUGCAUGAGUACAGUAAAUCUGUGUUUCAGUGGAUAUCCUGCUGUUCUGAUUCUCAGUAAGCCUUUGGGCCUUGGUUAUAGCCAACUUAACUGGAAUCAACCAGUGCAAUAACUCAUUUGCAUUGUAGUCUCUUUGUAAUAUUCAAAGUGCCUCAGUUACUGUUAAGUUUACCGGGUCUCAGAUAAGCAGGAGAUCCUAGUCUCCAACCUUUGCACCUAUUGACACCUGUGGUGUGAUAUUUAGGGUGCUAUUAACUAUUUUAUAAUAUCUUAAAAUGUUACUUAUUUCUAUAAAGCAAAUAUAACUUUGAUCCUGAAAACUGGUUUUCAUUGAGAUAUGAGUUAACACUGUUACAGAAGUUUCAACAGUAAUUUAUGUUGAGAAAUUUUUAAUUUUCUUUCAUUUAUGGCAAUUCUUAUAAGUAACUAAUAAGUCAAAUUUAUAUCAUUUUGGUAUAACUGGAUAAUAUACACAGUAAUUUCAUGUUGGAUGAAAUGCUAUGUAUUACUUUUAAAAAUAUUUUUAUAAAAUUUUUUAAUUUUAUUUUUCAUGUAUAUGGAUGUUUGACCUGCAUAUUUGUGCCUCGUGCAUGUCUUGUGCUCGUGGAGGCCAACUUUGUUCUUUCUCUAUAAAAUACCAUUUUCUUUAUGAGGUUGAUAGGACAUACAACACCAACCAAGAGUCACAUUUAAAAUCUAAAUAUGCUUAUUCUAUACAAAUAAAAUUGUCUAUUCUGUUGAGUACUAAAAUAGUAAUAAUUAAUAUCUCAUAGUUAUAAGAUACCUUAUCAUAUCAAUUAUAAGAUUUAACUUAACUUAUAACAGUAGAAAAUAUGGUUGAUGACCUGUCUACGUGAGCUCUCCUUUUUAAUAAUACAUUUUCCUAAGUUUGACUGUGUCCAAUUUAACGAAAAAAAAAAAUUAAAGUACCAAGAUGAUGUCUGUUCAGCCUCCUUAAAGUCUUCCCAAAAGUUUAAGCUUUAUGUCUUUGACAUCCAAGGUUUUCUCCUUAGAUUACAGUCAUAUCUUUAAAAGGACAAGGUUCAGAUUAAGGAUUGUUAAUGCUAGUAAAAUGUGAUCUAAGAUCUAAUCUAAAAGUGAAAAUUGAUAUAUCUUUGUCUUUAAGAUGACCUUCCUAAUACUCAUUCAUAUAUGUAUUAUAUGCAUGUUCUUGUAAUUUUAUAUUUUUCAUUGUACAACUUGGUUUAUAAUUAACUGCUAUUUUAAUUAAAUAUGCCAAAUUGACCUAUA